CGGUACCAUGGAGGCGGCGGGGCAGAGCGGCGCCGCGAUGGCGGCGGCGGAGGAGGAGUACGAGGCGGUGCUGUGUGUGAAGCCGGCCGUGCACGUCUACCGCCUGCCGCCGCGGGCCUCCAACCGCGGGUACAGGGCUGCGGAGUGGCAGCUGGAGCAGCCGGCGUGGAGCGGCAGGAUGCGGGUCACGGCCAGGGGCAGCGUCGCCUUCAUCAAGCUGGAGGAUAAGAACACGGGAGAGCUUUUUGCCCAGGCACCAGUGGAGCAGUUCCCCGGCAUCGCUGUGGAGAGUGUGACAGACUCCAGCAGAUACUUUGUCAUCCGGGUCGAAGAUGGGAACGGCCGCCGUGCUUUCAUCGGAGUUGGCUUUGUUGACCGAGGGGAUGCCUUUGACUUCAACGUUGCUCUCCAGGACCACUUUAAGUGGGUGAAGCAGCAGAGCGAGCUGGCCAGGCAGGCCGAGAACCCCGAGCAGGGCCCCAAGCUGGAUUUGGGCUUCAAGGAGGGACAGACCAUCAAACUGAACAUUGCGAACGUGAAGAAAAAGGAAGGAGCAACCGGGACCACCAGACCCCGGCCUGUGGCUCCUGGGGGCCUGAGCUUGCUCCCACCACCUCCUGGAGGGAAACUUCCUUCUGGAGAGCGCCCGUCUUCACUCUCCAAUCCCACCCAGCUCCCAGGCACCCCCAUCACAGGUCAGCUUCAACCCAGACAAACACAGGCUGGGUUCAGUUCUGACCCCAUCCUCUCAGCUGCUCUUCCCUGCACGGGUGCUGGGAUCAUUGGGAUUCCUUCAGGACCAAAGCAGCAGCUUCGGGACACCCCGCUCCUGCCCUUAAAUCCUGCCUGGCAUCCAGAUCCUGCAGUGAAUGCCAGGAAGCAAACACACACGUGCCUUCAAACACUCCACACCGGUGCUCUCUGUCCUGGGGGGCGGAUCACAGGAAACCUCCCGAGGCUUCUCCAUUGGGAAGAACAAGCCAUCAUCUUCAUCACCUCCCCUUGAUCACAAGAUGGGCAUUGAGUGCUCCCAGCGCUGGUUUUCACUAGAGGUUUACGUGCUGGAGCUGCUCCAUGUGUAUUUGGGCUGGAAAAGCCCUUCCCUUGGCAGGAGCAUCCUCCUGGAUUCAUCUCACCUGCACGAUCCUGAUGAAUGCAACGCUGAGCGUCGCCCUGAUCUCUUCUUGAGUGCUUACCUCCACGGUGCAGGAGGUGGGGAGCUGGACCUCUGCCUUUCCAUGCUGAAAUUCCUCAUUUCUUGCUCGGGGAAGUUUGGUUUUCCCCCUCUCUUUUGGGAAGACACGGUUUUACCUCGUCAGUUGAUGAAGGACAGGACGUUGUUGGUCUCUUUGACAGAGCUGGGCUUGAGAUUCCUCUUUACACAAAUAAAUAUUUUCUUACCUA